AUGUCGACAUCGACGACAUCCGAGAUCUCCAGCCUCCUCGAGACACUAACGACCUCACUAGAUGUCUUCAAAGCCGAGCUCGUCCGGCAACACUUCCCGGAGCCCUCCCUCCUGACCUCCCGGCCCCACGCGAUCGACGACCCGUCCUACGUGACCCCGCCGAGGAUGUACGAGGCGCGCAGGGUAGCCGUGAGCAGCCUGGACCGCUUGAGGCUCCUUCUGGAGAGCCCCGCGGAGGCCUUGGCUGUGUCGUGCAUCGCAUCCGGCGAGAUACAAGGCGUGCGCCUUGCUGCCGAGCUGGGGCUGCACGAGGUACUCGCAGAUGCCCAGAACCCAGAGGAGGGCGAGGACGUGCGUGUCGUGGCGGUGAAGACGCGUACGGAUGCGCCGAAGCUAGUGAACCGGGGGUGGUUCCGCGAGACUAAGGCUGGAUGGUUCGCGAAUAAUCGGCGCAGCCACAUGUUGCAGAAGGGCUCGAAGGGGUAUCAUUGCGCCAAGGACAUGAGCUUCUACAUGAACAACGCCAUCGACAAGCUGCCCGAGGCCAUGACGCACCCCGACGAGAGCUUCCGGAUGUCCAGGAACCCCGAGCGCACGGCGUGGAAUAUAUACGCGAACUCUGACCUGCCAUUUUUCGGGCCAAGGAGUUGGCUGUCGGACAAGCCCGGCGAGGCUGAGAGAUUCGCGCUGGGGAUGGGGGGAUACGGCGUCGCCUCUGACAACGGUGUCACCUACGACGUGCCGUGGAUGGAUUUCGUGAAGGGUAAAGACGCGAUAGUGGAUGUUGGAGGCGGGCAGGGGACGCUUUGCUGUGCCCUUGCAGCUGCGUAUCCCGAGGUCAAGUUCGUCGUGCAAGACCUCCCGGCCACCCGAGAAGCGGCGGAGAAAUACAUCGCGUCGCGGGGCGUAGCCGGAAGAGUCAUAUUCGAGGAGCAGGACUUCUUCGAACCGAAUCGACGCAGGGGGACGGGGAGGUAUGUCUUUUUGAUGCAGAAAGUCUUGCACGAUUGGUCGGACGAGGAGGGUGCUAGGAUUCUGAGUAACAUUCUGGACGGGGAGAGUCAGAUGUUCAUCAUAGACUUGAUUAUCCCGCCCACGACCGUGUCCCCAGACGGACCGAGCGUCAAGGAAUCUCUGGCGACCGUAGAUAUACAGGGCCCUUACAAGCCUAUCCCGUCACCGCCCUUUAUACCAAAUGAUUUCGGCGAUAUGCACAGGAUCGCGCAUUCAAUCAACAUAUGCCUGAUCUCGCUCUGUAACUCGUUUGAACGGACGUAUGCGGAUAUGGAGAACAUGGUGCGGCUGGCGGGGAUGAGGAUAAAGACGGUUACUACUACAAGGUGA